AUGGCGACAGCAGCAAUGGCGACACCGGCAUCAAAGCCAAUCCCUUACACCGCCAAUCCUCUUCUUCUCAUGGUCAAUGACUUGAUGCUCUUUGCCGAAAUCACAUUCACAUGGCCCAUUACCGCCGGUCUACCAAGUAUCGUCUUACCGUUGUUUCCAACGAGGUCGGGGUCUCUGGACGAGUUGGCGUUCACUGGGCCCAAUCUGUGGGCGGGGCUCUUGCAUGUCGUUCUCAUCAUCGCUCAAACAAUCUUUCUAGGGUCUUUGGUGCCGUUGGCAUUCAUUGGCUUACCAUCUUUCUAUCUCUUGUACAUUGUCGGGUUCGUCAUGGGCAAUCAAUGGUUUUCGGUUCUGUUGAACGGUCCAAGACACCGAGGGCUGUUCGAGUCAAAUCCGGCUUGCGUUCGGGGCAGGCCAGCGCACGACCACGAGAAAUGGGUAUUCAUCAACGGUGUGGCUGUAGGGCGUCAUUGGUUGCAGGCAAAUCUCGACCGACUCGCCAUGACUUUUAGACGGCCUGUCUUCGGGAUCCAUAAUCAGACCCGCGGUAUUAUCUUUGAUGUUCUCGAAUGUAUCAUUCAACGCGACCUGAACUACGCCACCCUGGAUAUUCGGACUGCAUAUGCAGCGCUAAUUGAUAUUCUCGCGGACGACAAUAUUCACAAAGUGGUCUUGAUCCUCCAUAGCCAAGGUGCUAUCGAAGGUGGCUUGGUGCUUGACUGGCUCUAUGAUACAGUACCAGCAGACCAGCUUGGCAAGCUGGAGGUGUAUACAUUCGGCAAUGCCGCGAACCACUGGAAUGCGCCUGUCAUAUCAUCGGGAGCGGCCUCGUCCAAUGCAAAUGGAGACGGCAUGACGGAACAGAGAAUCGUGCCACAUAUCGAGCACUACGCCAAUGAGGGCGAUUAUGUCUCGAGAUUCGGUAUCUUACAUUUUCGCCCUGAUCAGCCAUUGCCGCCAGCAUUGGUACCCCAUAACACACCCUUGGCUCCUAGCUCUAGGAAAGCAUACCCAGACACGCCCAGAGCAUUGGACAACGGAAGCAUUACACGAGCUAAUCCUCCAAAGGUGGACACUCGGGAGAAGGUAGUCGCGGCAUCUUCGAGGUCGUUACUCUCUCCCAAGACGCCAAUCGAAAGGAUAAAUCUCCAAGAGGAAGAGACGAACCUGUUCUUCGGUCGUCUUUUCAAGCGGGUCGGCUCCGGCCACCAGCUGAAUCAGCAUUACCUGGACAACUUCUUUGAGAUGGAGGGCAUCGAUACCAGAGACCUCUCGCGGGGACGCGUGCGAGAUGGCAACGCCUUCAUGGACGCCGAGGCCGACAUGAUUGUUUUCGAGAACUGGGAUACUGUGCAGGCUGCUGGACGACGCCUCGGCGGACGCCCCGCUGAUGGCAGAUUUCUUGCUUAUGGCAGACCCACCACUGAUGGCAGACCAGCCGCAGGGAUAAGACGGAUCAAGGAGCUCAGCCGUCUGUGGGCUUAUCGGAAUGGGGGGAAGCCAACAGAUUGA